AUGACAUCCACGGUCAAACUCCCUGCCGCCACACACCGCAAGCGCGUCGUGCCACAGUCCGACCUCGAAGCGGCGUCUACCCUGAAACUAGGCGAGGACCAGAACACGCAUACUCUGUCGCUGAGCGAGGCGCGGCUGGUCAUUAAUAAAGUGCUUGAGAACAAGCGGCGGGGUGGAAAGAAAUACGAUGAGCCAGAGUACGCUUCUCCCACGCUGCCUUGGAUGGAUUUCAUUUGUCCUUUGAAAAGAGAGAGAGAGUACGGAGGAUUAACGCUUGGUAGGAACCUGACGAAAACGCUCGAUUAUUUGGAGGUGUUCUCCCGAUUCAAGGACGAGGAGAAUAUCAAGGCCGUCGAGCGACUGCUCAAUUCGCAUACGGAACUUGAGAUGUUUGAGCGGUCGCAGCUGGGCAGUCUUUGCUGCGACAACGCGGAAGAAGCGAAAUCGUUGAUACCCAGUUUACAAAACAAGAUAUCGGAUCUUGAUUUACAGGAGCUGCUGGAUGAGUUGACCAAGCUGCGCAAUUUUGUGGAGUAG